AUGGUUAAAUCAAAAAGCUCUAGAAAGCCCAACAACAAAAAGAAGACAAACAACAAUAUGAUUCAUCCUCAUAUUGAAUUGAUUCAAGCUGAAAUCUGCACACUUGCAGAAGAAAUAGAGCACAUUGAAGCGAUUCAAAAAGAGAGAGAACUGGAUGCCGCAGAACAACUUCAAAAGGACAUUGCCACUGCUUGCCUUCAAAAGUACCAAGCUACAUUAGCCAAGCUGAAUGACCCACCCAUGGUCAGCAAAGUACGUUCAUACCAAGAUGCCUACAAUACCAAGAAGAACGAAGCACAGAUUCUCUUUCUUUUACAAUUUUUCUACAUUGUACGAUUAGGACAACUUGGAUUGUUUGAUGUCAUUGAGAUGGAAGCUUCCCCUAAAACCAUGCUUAACGCCAUUACAGAUGUAUGCGAUCGACUCAUUGGCGCAUCUGUGUAUUAUGCUACAGAGCCAUCAUCUGCUAUCAAAACACAAAAACGCAAGCAAGUAGCUGAUAUAUUGAAGAAAUUCGAUACGAGCUCUGAAGACGUUAUUUUCGAAAAUAUCUCUUUCAAAGAUAUCAAGGACUUGAUUCAGCAUAUUUGGGAUAAUACAGUCAAUGAAGCACGAGUUUUGGAGAACACUUUGAUUGACGAAUCUGCUGCAACAGAAUGGGCUGUGAUUCAGUUUGAGAAUAUGGUUCAAAAUGGUGAGAUCAUACCUGAAGUUGGUUCUGAACACAAUGAUGGGGUGGAGCAGCAGCCUGCAUCAGAGACAAAGGCGGAAGCCUCACAACAAGGGCCAGCGCAUCAGGCAUCAAAUGAGCCUGUGGACCAGAAACCCUCCGCAGAAAUUCAGUCUUCACCCACUGCCGAUGAACUGAACGCAAAGGACAACAAUGAAGCUUCUGCUGUUAGUGAAUGGGACAAAAAGGACGUCAGUGAAACAUCAGCGGCUAAUGACUGGAGCAAGACACAAGUACUCGAAGCACCCGUCGUGGACGAAUGGAGUAAGAACGGCAAUGUUGGAUCAGGUACCAGUGCCUGGGAGGAAAAGGAAAAGUCUGAGACACGAGCAGUCAGCAAAGAGUGGACAGAAACAUCACAUCAUCGCAAAUCCUCUAGAUCGUCUGCCAAAUCCAGCUGGAAGUCAAACAAUAGAUUUUCUACCGAGCCCAAAGAGCCUGCGGAUUGGAAUGUGAAUGAAAGUCGAGGAUGGAGUAAUGUGGUUGAUAAUGCUGUCAAAGCUGACACUUGGGAUAAUGUUGAAACUAGCGCCACCAAUGAUGAUGCUGACAAUAAUUGGGCAUCCACACCAGAUGAACAACAACAGCAAAAGCCUACUGAAACAGAUGUACAGCAGCAACUCCAACCACACCAACAAGCCAGUACGCUCCCUCUUUCUCCCAGACUCAUUGAUACCAAAGAACAGCAGCAAGAAUCUUAUAACUCUGAAACAAAUGACAACUGGAGAAGAAGAGGUAUAGAGGACAUAAACAAUAGUAGAGGCAGAGGAUCAUCUUAUCGAGGAGGUUAUCGCGGCAGUAGCCGUGGUGGCAAAUUCAGAGGCGGCGGAUCGGGUGGAGGAAGAAGCAGAAGUGUCGGUGGUGGUUUUCGAGGUCGUGGAAGAGGUAGAGGCCGCGCUGCUGAUUUUGAUAGUGAGGGACACCAUCACUCUGGUCCAUCCCAAUAA